CUCUUUCUUCAGUUCCCUGUUCAUGUAAAAUCUUCGACCACGCUGCGAUCAGUGCAUCGUGCAUGGGUUGUUUCGCGGUAUAACAUUUUAAUAACAUUUUAAUAACAUAAUUUGUCAAAAUAACGAAAUAUUUCUACAAGUUGUUGAGUAGAGAAUCUGUUGCAUAGUUUGUAGGCUAAAUGGGUCGUAAAGCAAAGUUUCGAGACCAGGUUUCUGGUCCUGGAAGGAAGGCAAAGAAACAAAGCGAUCCAACAUUUCCAAAGGGAGUCCUAGUUAAAGAAUCUAAUAAAUUAAGUCACCGACAGAAGCUAAGGGCAAGGAAGAGACUGUCAAAGAAUCAACAGUUGAAAGAAAAUGUCAAGAAAAUACUUAAUAAGAAAACUAAUAUGGAAGAAGAACAGAUACAGCCAAAAAAUAGAGGCGAUAUAAUAAAGCAGCAGAAAGGGAAGAAAGAGAAGAAAGUCAAGUUUGUCAGUGACAAAGGAGAUAAGAUGGAAAUCCAAUCUGAUCUGGUCUCAAGGCUAGAAACAAAAGUGAAACAAAAUAAAAAGAAACAAAAGGUGAAACAGAAAGAUAUAACCAAGAAUGUAAAAAGUGAUAGCAGUAAGAAUCAUCGCAGUGAAGACAAUGAAAUGAAAAUGUACUCUAAUAAUCAAAUAUCUAAACCAGGCAAGAAAGCAAAACAAAGUAAAAAGAUGAAAAUCAUGAAAGCUAAAACCAACAUAGAAAGUGAUAGUGAUGAGAAUAAUUAUAGUGACGAUGAAGAUAUGGAAAUACAUUCUAAUAAGCAAGUAACCAAACUAGGCAAGAAAGCAACGCAAAGUAAAAAAACAAAAGGAAUGAAUGCUAAGAUCAAUGUAGAAAGUGAAAGUGAUAAUGACGAAAUUGAGGAAAAUGAAAAUGGACAAAUGGAGGAAGAAGAUACGAGUGAGAAUGAAGAUAUGAAUGAGAAUGAAGGUAUGAGCGAGGACGGAGAAAACGAAGAUGUGAGCGAGGAUGAAGAAGAUACGAGCGAGGACGAGAGUCAGUUGCUUUCUACAGCAGAAUCACAAAAAACUUUGAAGAAGAAAAAAUUUAUGGAGAAUAAUGUAGAAAGUGACAGUGAAGAAAUGGUAUCAAGUGACGAGGCAGAAUCUGUCGAAGACGAGCAAAUGGAGAAAGAUGAUGACGAAAGUGACGAUGAGGAUUUACUUCCAAUAGAAAAAGCUAAUAAGAAAUUGAAAAGGAAAAAGGAGAAAGAGGAAAAACUUGCGGAGGAAGAAAUGGAUGAUAUGAUGGCAAAUCAGUGUGUAUUCUCUUUUCCAACUGAGCAAGAACUUACCAAUGUUACUAGCUUAAAAGAUAUUCAGCAACGGAUACGAGACGUUAUCAUGGUGCUAUCAGAUUUCAAGAGAUUGCGCGAGAAAGAUAGAUCACGUUCCGAGUAUACCGAGCUACUUCGGCGAGAUUUGUGCACAUAUUACAGUUACAACGACUUCCUAAUGGAAAAACUGAUGCAAAUGUUUCCGCUGGACGAGCUAUUAGAAUUUCUGGAAGCGAGCGAAGUGCAAAGACCUAUGACCAUCCGCGCGAAUACUCUGAAAACGCGACGACGCGACUUAGCCGAGGCUCUCAUCAAUAGGGGUGUUAAUCUCGACCCAAUAGGAAAGUGGACGAAGAUCGGUUUGGUAGUGUAUUCCACACAGGUACCCAUGGGCGCCACACCGGAAUAUCUAGCUGGACACUACAUCAUACAAGGCGCUUCCAGCUUCCUGCCCGUAAUGGCGCUGGACCCGAGGGAAAAGGAAAGAAUUCUCGACAUGUGUGCCGCGCCAGGCGGUAAAGCCUCGCACGUUGCCGCCCUCAUGAAAAACACCGGAACGCUAUUCGCUAACGACGCGAAUAAGGAACGAUUGAAGGCAGUCGUUGGCAAUUUCCAUCGACUUGGCGUCGUCAAUUCUAUAAUCUGCAAUUACGACGGGCGGAAGUUCCCUACGGUCAUGAAAUGCUUCGACAGAGUUCUGCUGGACGCUCCGUGCACGGGUACGGGGGUGGUCGCGAAAGAUCCCGGUGUGAAGGCGAGCAAGGCGGAAGUGGACAUUCAGCGGUGUUGCACGUUACAACGAGAACUGUUGUUAGCCGCAAUUGACUGUGUUAACGCGCGUUCGGACACGGGUGGUAUUAUCGUUUAUUCAACUUGCUCGAUUCUACCGGAGGAGAACGAGUGGAUCGUCGAUUACGCUCUUAAGAAGCGCGACGUCAAGCUGGUGCCUACCGGCCUGGAAUUUGGAACCGACGGUUUCACGAGCUACAGGCAACACCGAUUUCACCCCUCGCUGAAAUUAACUAAACGGUUUUACCCGCAUGUACAUAACAUGGACGGUUUCUUUGUAGCAAAACUGAAAAAAUUCUCCAACAAUAUUCUUAAUCAGAAAAAUUAGAAAAAUUGUUAAAUUUCCCUUA